AUGGCUGAACCAGAGGAUACUGUUUACAUCAGCUGCUUGCAUUCUUUGUGUGUUCUUAACAUACCUAUAAAAGCUGCCAUACUGAUCCAGCGUUGGUACAGACGCUAUGUUGCUCGUCUGGAGAUGAGAAGACGUUGUACUUGAAACAUCUUUUAGUCCAUUGAGUAUGCAAGGGAACAGGACCAGCUACAGCUCUCCGGUUUCUUGUUGGACAACUUCACACACAUGAAUGGGAAUGGACCAGACUUGAUCUCUCACCUCCUGGAAUCUGUGGUUGACCCUUUAACUGAGGAGGUCAGGCAGUUGAAGUACGGGCAGACUGUCGUGCCGGAAUCGUACAGUGGUCCUCUUCUCUCCUUCCCGCUGAGCGUGACUGAUACCAAUGCCCUGCUCAGCGCUUUUUCUCAUUUUCAGUCUCUUCAUGGCAAAUAUGUGCUGCAGCUACUAUAUGAAGCAAAGAAGUUCUUGGAGCAUAUGCCAAACGUCAUAUACCUAUCGACUCCCUAUGCCAAAGAGAUAACUAUAUUUGGUGAGACACUGCGAUCUGGUAGACUAGAUGACUUACUGCUUAUAUUUUACAAGAAUGGUCUUCCCUCUGUGGAGAACCCCUACAUAUUCAAUGGAGACUUUGUGGUUCGAGGGAAAAAAUCUACAGAGAUUAUCAUAAUUUUGUUUGCCUUCCUGCUGCUCUACUCCGACCACAUGCAUCUGAACAGAGGCAACCAUAAGGACCACAUCAUGUACCUCAGAUAUGGAUUCACAAGAGAAGUCAUGCAGAAGUAUAAGAAUCAUGGCAGGGAAAUCCUACAGCUUCUUCAGGAUGUGCUCAGCCUGCUACCUCUUGCAACUGUCAUUGACAACAAAGUGCUUAUUGUUCACAGUGGCAUAUCGGACAAAACUGGUCUGGACUUUCUGAGCACUGUUGAAAGGCAUAAAGUGAAGUCUGCUCUCAGAUUGCCUCCUCCUUCCCCCAGUCUUCUGAGCCCCUACGAUUUGCUCCAAGUGCCCUUCCUGGACUCCUUCAUCUCCCUAGAGCCCCCUGAGCCCCCCAGAGAAGAACUGGAAUGA